AUGGCACCACUCGCAGGAACUGUUUCAUCGACAAUUAUGUCUUCUACUAAAGAUAUGGUGGAGUCAACAGCCAGCAAUGGAGAGGAGCUACGAAAUUCAGUUGUGAAUGUAGGAGACAUGAUCAACGCUAUUGCGUUCGCAAUUUUGAUUUUGUUUACGGCUUUUGGUAAUCUUCUAAUCCUAGCCGCCAUCUUCAAAAGCAAGAUCCUUCGUUUCCGCACUCAUCUUUACAUCACGAGCCUCUCCUGCGCAAAUUUGCUCAUGGCUGGUGUGGUAAUGCCACUUCGAGUCCUGAGCUUUGUGGACAAAAACACAUGGCUGAAUAAACCAGGAUUGUGUGAGACAUAUGGCAGCUUUUUUGUGCUGUUUUGUACCGUGACUGUCUACACGCUGGCAGCACUGAGCUUGGAUCGGUACUUCUCAAUCUCCCGGUACAAGUGGUAUCAGAAAUUCUUGACCAGUGGCCGUACGUUUUGCCUAAUCGUUCUUUGUUGGAGCAUUGCCGUGCUGGUGUCGUUUAUGUUUGCCAAUUUCGACGACGAUGUCGGAAAAUCGUUGAACUGCAAGUUGAGUACAACCUACACCGUAGGUUACGUUUAUGCGUUCGUCGGCAUUGAAGUUCUGACUCCUGUGGUCUUCAUGUUGAUUUUGCAGUGGCAAGUUAUGAAAACAGCUGUAAGCCAUACUCACACAGUGGAUGUCUGCGGUAGACAGAUCAAAAACUUGGACUAUGCUGAUUUUCCCUCGAUCACCAAAGAAACAACUUGGUCCAAGAUUGUCGUUCGAAUUACUCUCAGUUUUGUUAUAUUUUGGAUUCCAAGGUGCGUAUUUCUUCUUCUUGACAACAGCAACGCGGCAGGCAUCCACGAAGUUGCCGAUGGUUUGACAGAGAUCAUGACUUAUUGCUUCCCUCCAUCAUUUGCCCUGUUGCUGGGUUAUUGGAGUAAGGAGUUUAGAGAGGUGUUUGUAGAUAUGCUUUGUCCAUAUGCCUGUUAUCAGAAACAGAAGGACAUGAGGAAGUACCGCCUGAGCGAGCCUAACAGAGUGAAACCAUCAACGAUGUACAGAAAACACUCCAAAAACUUUGCUGCAUCAUGA